AUGGUGUCCGACUUCAGGAAAAAGAAGCUUACUUACCUGUUUAAAAUUUUCUUUGAUUCGGAUGGCAGCGGCUCCGUAACCAAAGAAGAGUUCGAAAUGAUGAUUUCAAAAAUCGCCAAAGCGAAAGGAUGGGCUGACGGUGACGAAGCUUACAAACAGGCCAAGAAGGUCAUGGGUGACAUCUGGGAGGGAAUCCAACAAAAAGCCGACAUUAACAAAGACGGUGAAGUUAGCCUGGACGAAUGGAUUAAGUUGUGGGACGAUUUUGCAAACAACAGCGGCGAGCCCCAACCGUGGCAGGCUCACUACUGCAAGGCGAUCUUCUUCAUCCAGGAUUCCACUGGCGACGGUGUCAUUGACAAGAAUGAGUUUUCCAACGUCCACGCAUCCUUUGGAAUGUCCAAAGAGGAUGCCGAGAAGGCUUUCGACAAAGCAGCCAACGGCAAAUCUGGCAUCUCCUGGGAUGACUUUCAAAAACUUUGGGUGGAAUACUUCACCUCCGAAGAUGAAAAUGCUCCAGGAAACUAUAUCUUCGGUAAUCUGAAAUUUUAA